AUGGUCGACGAAAGAGUGAAACUGUGUGAUGAAUGUGCAUUUCAAUGUUCCAUAUGUUACAAUGAGAUCAAUGAUCAAAAGAAUGUCUGUGAAAUCGAAUCCUGUCACUGUCAAUUCUGUACAGAGUGUGUUCGCCAUUAUUGUUCCAGUCAAGUAAAUACCGCAUUAGUGCCGAUCCAAUGUCCGAACAGUGAAUGUGACCAACAGUUAACAUUGAAUGAGCUCUGUACACUGUUAACCGAUGCACAGUUUCAAUUGUAUAGAAAACUCUUACUCGAUCACGAAGUAACUAACGAUCCGCAUCGUCUGUUCUGUCCGCACGUCGAUUGUGGUAACAUAAUAACGAUAAUCGACGAAAGAAAAAUCAACAGAGAACAUCCGACAACUUGUUCAAAAUGUAAGACAACAUUUUGUUUAAAGUGUCGUUCUCAAUGGCAUCCAAACGAACAUUGCUCGGAUCUACUUACGCCAUACGAAAUGGAGCCUGAUUCGAACAUAAAACGUUGUCCACGCUGUCGUUUUCCAUUAGAGUGGGUAGCUGGUUGUGCGCAGAUCAUGUGUGUCAACUGUAAACAUAUCUUUUGUUGGUAUUGUUUAAAAUCUCUUGAUAACGAUUUUUUCUUGUUACAUUUCGAGCGAGGACCUUGUCGAAAUCGACUUGGUCAUUCUCGUGCAUCACUAUUCCUUCAUCGGUUAACAAUAGUUGGCAUCUUCAUUGGCUUAACGCUUCUCUUCCUUAUCACUAUACCAUUCCUGAUUUUAAUUGCGCCUUGCUUGUUAUGUUGCCGGUACAAACAAAUAAAGAACCGUUUGAAAAAUCUCACAAAGUUGGGACAACGUUUCCAACAACAACAAUAUACACCUACAAUGCAUCCUUCGCCGGCGUCGUCAUUAAAUCAAUUGAAUAGUUCCUCGCUGAUCGACAUCGAACAAGAAUUAAACAAAAAUCUGAAAAAUCCGUUAGUAUCAUCGUCAACAACGACGACCAAUGUUAAUAAAUCCAAGCCUGAACUCGCGUCCGUUUAA